CGAGUGACGUAAAGCUAACGAGCUAGCCUAGCAUCGAGUACACGGAGAUGGAGACGAAGAUGGACAGUGGCACGGAGGUGUUUGUUUGCGCCCCGGGCCGCUUGCGGUUCUCCAAUUGUGUUUUUCCACAAGGUUCUUCGGUUCGAGAUGUUCUGCAGCGGUUCGUCCAACAAUGGGCUGCAUCGCCACUUGACUUCUACAUUAGCAGAGACGCUCGAUUGUGCCGCCUCGACGAGCGCCUGCAGGGGGGCGCAGUCUAUCGGCUGGUGCCCCGCCUCCUUGGAGGCAAAGGAGGGUUCGGCUCGAUGCUGCGAGCUCUCGGUGCUCAAAUCGAGAAGACGACCAAUCGCGAGGCCUGCCGAGAUCUGAGCGGACGGCGUCUACGAGACGUCAACCAUGAGAAAGAGAUGGGCGAGUGGCUGAAGCAGCAAGCGGAUCGGGAGGCAGAGAAAGAGCAGCGGCGCUCUGAGCGUCUGCAGAGGAAAAUGGCAGAACCCAAACAUCAGUUCAGCGACCCCGCCUACCAGCAGCAGUGCCACCGCUUGGCCGAGAGGCUCGAAGACUCCGUGCUCAAAGGUCUUCAGGCGGCAUCCAGUUCUCAGGUGACGGCCCCGAAGAGACCCGGUCCCGCCCGCUGCCAGCCUCCAAUCAAGAAGCAGAAGACGGCGGGGACGUGUUUUUGGACAGGCGUCGACAAUCUGAGCUCAGAUGACGACGACGACGACGACGAAGCGUCUGCGGACGAGCCGUCGUGUCACGCUGCCGUGAUGGGACAGGAGGCGGAGCCUGCGACAAGCAACAGGACGCCCCCCCGGCCGGAAGUGCAAGUGGAGAAGACCGCGCCCCCCGAGAAGGAGAGGGGCGUGGCAUCCAGCUGCUCACCUGGCCUGCAACACACCGACGUGGGAGAUGACGGCGACGCGGUGGAAUCGGCGGCCAGCGCGUCCGAUUUGGAGCGUUUGGGCCUGGAGCGUCUGAAAGGGGAACUGACGGCUCGCGGGCUCAAGUGCGGCGGCACACUGAGCCAACGCGCCCGGCGCCUCUUUGCGGUCACCAGGCUGAAGGACGAGUUCCAGAGGGAGUGAAGCGGGGAAACUUCCUGCACAGAUUUUCUGGUUUUUAAUUGAUACAAACGAUCAGAAUCCAGGGUCCCAGGCGGUGACCUGCGACACCUCCGCUUCCCGGAAACACUGGAUGACAUCACCGGGCAGGAAGUCGACGUCGCCGUCCACCGACAGGCCGCACUCCAUGCCUGACCCCACCGCGCUCACGUCGUCCUUGUGGUGCUUCAGCGCCAGCAGGCCGCCUACAUGCCACAGCCAAAUCAAAUCAUUUCCAAAUGUCAAGCUGGUAAACAACUGAAGUAUGGAAUUUGAUUGAAGACAUUUGCAGGUCUGGAAAAGUACUGAAAAUGCAAACUAUUUUAUAGAAAAAUAUUCGGCUUUCCAAAACUGUUGCAACAGCGCUGCUUUCUAAAAACAUUACAAAUAUCGAGAAAAAGAUACAUCCAUCCAUCGGUGGGUUUUUUCCUUUCCUUUUCUUUCUUUACUUGGACGCACAGCUACAAUGUUCGUGUGAGACCGGCAGCCUGAGAGUCACAUAAAAAUGAUCCUCGAGUUACUCAAACUUUUGCACCGAGAAGUUUUGAAAAUUUUGAAAUCUCCAAUUUGGCCAACAGAGGCCAGUAGAUGGCGGCCGCGCAGCAUUAUGAGGGAGAACAUGGCCGUGAAGGUUUGCCUUCAUUUCCCCCCAAAAUGUCAUAAGUCUGUGAAGCUCACUCGUUACUCACAUUUUGGCCUGUAACAUCAAGCAGAACAUUUACGGUCCUAAAUUUGAAAAAGGGAUGGAUGCCUUGGGGCCGGCAGACCGCCGUACCAGCCGCAUAUGCGCAAGUCGAUGCCUAACGGAGAAUUCUCACACGCAGAUUUUUGAUUUUUUUUUUUUGUGUGUGUGUGAAAAAUACUAUAGCCCUACUUAUUCAGUCAUUUUUGGGGGGUUAUUUAUUUAUUUGUUUUUUUAAAGCAAUUGUAGCUCACGGCGGUCAGACUCGCUAUUUUUGCUAUUCAAAGGCGUUCCUAAACUAGAUUUUGCAGCGUUUUAAACAGAAACCUGUGUUCCGAUGUCACCAAAGCAAAAUAUAUCAUUAGCCUAAUAGCAGAAAAAGUCAUUUUAAUUUACAAAAAAAAAAUUCUUUAUGUCUGAGUAGAUUGUCAAUCAUCCAGGUCGUCUUUGUAAUCCACAAAAUGUCAGCCGGAGUAAGUGGACUCUUGUUGGUUGUGGACUAUUUUUUUCGUGUUUUCCAAAACGGAUUCUCGAUUGCGAAAGGACUUACCCUCCCACAGCUUGUCUCCACCGCGAAUCAGCCGAAACUUCAUCUUGCGGUCCAGCUGACCUUUGAUCACGCGGCAGCCGGCCACCGCCGUCUUCUUUUUGCCCGCCGUCACGUCGAACACGGCCAGAACCGCGGCCUCGCCUGGGGGCGGAGCCAAACGGUCAGGGGGCGAGCGGAACGGCCGCGGCCGGCCGGCCGGCGACUUACCGAGCGUGCUGGAAGCGACCAGCGGCGGCAACUUGGCGCUGAUCUCGGCCUUGAGCUCGUCCACCAUUUUGUAGAUGACGGCGUGCAGCCUGAGGGGGAUGUUGCGCCGAGAGGCCGUCUGCAGGAUGGACUUGCUCGCCGCCACGUUGAAGCCGUACACGCUGCCUGAGGGAAAACAUCUUCGAGUGAGGUCACGGGACAGCGGCCCCUCCGAGUAUCCGCGUUCACUUCUUGCCGUAUCGCAGAUUGUGUAAAAAUCGUCCUGUUCUCAUUUCACAUCUUCGCUCAAUCACGGGAUUUCGGCGUGAUUCUUUUUGCAUACGGACAGCGUGUGAGUGUGAGCCUGUAUGUGCUUGUUGUGUCAAUUCAUGUCUUUGUUUAUUAUUGCGUGUUGUGUGCUAAGUCUCGACGCCCGUCCGUUGCGUCCCACAUCAUCACUCUGCCAGCCUGGCCCCGCCUUUUAAAGUCAUAGGCAUCCAACCACGAGAAUAUCGUACUGUGGAAUGCCAAAAUAACACCUGCUGAUUUUGUACUGGUAUUAUGCGUCAAGCCUGAAACGUCAAAUGAAUAAUAAAACCUGUAGCGGUACACACCU